UCAGGUUAGGGGCUGGCAUGAAGGACAGCACCCCCAAGCAUGGCCUGAGGGCAGCCCCCUCCUAGGAAUCCCUGAAGCUGGGGAUGGGGGAAGUGCAUUGGGCUGCCCCUGGAAUUGGGGAUGAGGACCAGCCCCCAGGCUUCUCUCCUGGCCCAUGCCCAGCAGGUGUCUGGUGGACAGUUCCAGUCCUGUAGCCCAGGCCACCUUAACAAGCUCAGUCUGACGCCAUCCACAGGGGAGGAGAUCAGCUGGGCUGUGCCCGAGUGGCUUAAAAGCAGCAGCAGCAGAGGAAGGCAGGGACAGGGAGCAAAGCAGCAGAGAUGGAGCUGUACCAGGUGUCCGCGGGCUCACUGGAUGCCUGGAUCGCGGAGCAUCUCCAGCCCAGCGAGGAAUUCCAGCUGCAGGUGAAAGACAGUGUCCGGAGGAUUUGUGAUUUCCUGAAGGAGACGUGCUUUGACGACAUCAAGGUGUUCAAGACAGUGAUGGUGAGUCUGUUCUGGACCAGCUGCCGAAGUUCAAACUACGCAGUUCCCAUCACCAUCCAGUCAAAGAAGCGAUGGGAAUCCAUCGAGGUGGACGUGCUCCCGGCCUACGAUGCCUUAGGGCAGGUGACUCCUGGCAGCAAACCUUCCCCCCAGGUCUAUGAGGAUCUGAUUCGGGCCAGAGCCGGGCCCGGUGAGUUCUGCACCUCCUUCACCGAGCUGCAGAGGGACUUCGUUAAGCGUCGCCCGGCCAAGCUCAAGAACCUGCUGCGGCUGGUCAAGCACUGGUACAAAGAGCUUUCCAAGACAACGUCGGGCUUACCCCCCAAGUAUGCCCUGGAGCUCCUGACCAUCUACGCCUGGGAGAGCGGCACCAAAGGGGCGGAGAACUUCAGCACAUCCGAGGGGUUCCGCACGGUGAUGGAGCUGCUGUGCCGGUACCAAGAGCUCUGCGUCUACUGGACCGAGUUCUACGAUCUCCAGUCCUCCGUGAUAGGGCCCCAUGUCAAACAGCUGCUGUGGGAGCCGUGCCCCGUGAUCCUGGAUCCAGCCGACCCGACGGGAAUCUUGGGGCAGGGAAAGAGCUGGGACCUGCUGGCGAGAGAAGCCGCCGUGUGCCAGGACCAGCUGUGCUGCAGGAACGGCCUCGCCCCCAUCCGCUGCCGGGACGUGCAGCUACCGACGCCUCACAGGGCCCCUUCGCACCCCCACCAGUGAUGAGCUCUUCCCUGUUCAGAGCCUCCCGAUCAUGGAGUAGCCGGGAGGUCCCCCCCAUGGCCCCUGCCCCACUCCCCACAGCGCCCCCUGCUGGGAGAAUCUGGGGCUGGCUGGGAGAUUCCCCUCCCCUCACAGCCAGCACUGCCCUACACGCAAGGCCUGGCCCUGCCGGAGCCUGGCCUGGAAAACCAGCUGCUGCUGGAUGAUCAGACCCUGGCAUCACACGGCAUCUUCUACGACACCAUGGUUCAGAUGCUCACGAUCGAGCCCCAGGAGAUGGAGAUCUUCGUGAAAGACCAUAACAGCAGAACCAUCCUCUAUGGCGUCCGUGCCAGUGACACCGUCCUGGGCCUGAAGAAGAAGAUUGAGGAUCACACGGGUGUCUCCGCCAGCCAAGAGCACCUGACGUUCAACAGCAAAGAGCUGCAAGACGACUACACGCUCGCCCAUUACAGGAUCCGGAGCAAGAGCAUGGUCUACCUGCUUUUGCGCCUCAGGGGUGGGUAAGAUGUUCACUGGGACCUGCACCCCGGCAGAGAGAGCAUCACAGUGGACUAUAUUUCCCAAGAUUCUUUGCAUGAUAAUUCAGGGCUUUGCUAAUGCCCCCCACGUUCCAGAAUCAGCACCGCGUCCUUCUGUAGUGCCACCCCAUCCCCACGCCUCCUGUUGCAGCUCCUGGGAGCUCUUUCCUGCCGCUCCAUGGCCCGUUUCAGGAUGUACUGCCCCCAGUGCAGAGCUGGGUGCUGGGCACCCACCAGACAUUGUUCAUUAGUCCCCUUCCUCCUCCCUGUCCUCGUAGGCUGAGUCUUAGAACCGGAUCCCAAAAUGCCACCCUCUCGGCUUGAGGCUGGCAACAGAGGCUGCCUGUGACGGGGAGAGCCCAGCUGGGCCCCAUUGUGAUUCCAGGCCUAAGGCCAAUGUGGAUAGGUUGGGAGAGCCACCUGGGGUGUGGGUCUCAGGAGCCACGGGGCAGGGUACCAAGCUACUGCCCCCAGAGGUUGGGGUAGGAACAGCUGGUUGAUAUUUUAGCAGCACCCUGAGGGCUCGCCAAAGACCCUUGUUCUGCUGCCAGGCCUCUGCCACUUACUGUGUGGGUGACUGGGCCCCAAUGCGGGCUCCAGCCGGUAGUGGAGGGGGAGAUAGUGAGGAUGUGGCAGAUGAAGGAGGGAUGUGGGGGCCAUGGGGGACAUUCAUACACCCCUAUCCAUGCCCCCAUUGAUGCCCACACAAAGGGUUAAUUAUAUGGGGGAAAUAUCUCUGUCCAGCCUGCUGCCCCCCAACACUUAGCAGAGAGAAUGAGCAGCCAACGGCAGGUGCAAUGCCAGGAUCAGCCAGCAGGGGGAGGCAAAGGGAAGCAUCCAGCUUCCCUCCUGUGCCCGACUGUGCACACAGCAGCACUGGCUGCAUCAAGGGCGGGGGGCUCACUCUGUAGCAUGGCCCCCCACAUGUGCUAUAAUGUAUAUUCUGCUUACUGUAUUUUUCACUCCAUGCAUCUGAUGAAGUGGGUUCUAACCCACGAAAGCUUAUGCCCAACUAAA